AUGGGCCUUGCUCCCAAUGCAAACGCAUUAGCUGCCGCGGCAAGCGGCCUCAAAGCUUUGGAAGGCUCUGCACAUUUACAUGCCUUUCCUGCUUUCAUCAGACCCAUUAACAAAGACCUACUAGAACCAAAAAACUUGUCUUCCACCAUCCACAGCCCUUUUGACCCUUCCAUUUCAGCGACCACACGCCACUCAAACCUUGGCAACUAUCCUGUUCCUGUGCCUGGGGCGCUACGUGGAAAACUUGCCCAUGAGUCCAACGGUGUCAGUCUUGGAUCUUCCAUUGCAAGCCUUCAAGCUGACCACAUAUGGAACAAGGCCAGUGCCCUGGCUGACACCAAGAUGGAACUAGGUUUUGAAUGUCAGGGUUACAGGCUUGAAGAGUGUGGCGACUGGCCCGAUUCUGACCACAAUCUCCCACAAGUCAUGGCCCUGGGUGAGGAUUGUCUUUUCAAGAGAGUUAUUAAUGCCAGAAGAAUUCAAGAAAUGCACUGGGCUUACAAAGUAUCCCGAGUUAUCAACGCUGAAGUCCAGCCUGAUACCUAUGAAGUGGCUGAAAAGGUUAUCAGCUACCUCAAAGAGAACUCUGACCCACUAUUGUAUGAUUGCUUCUCAGGACAACAUAUUAAUUUUAAUAUACAAGUAGCACCUCAUUGGGAUGGCAAAAACUCAAAUCCGAUUGAUUCAGUGUUUGCUUAUGGUCAGGACAACUCAGCUGGGCACUGGAAUUUUGGUUUGCUAGGUGUAAGCUUUUGUGCUGAUCCUGGCUAUUCUUUACAUGCCUGCUUCAAAUUUCUGGAUCACUCUGUUGCCACCAUACUUCCCAUUGUAGACAGUAAGAAACUACCUUUGCAAAUAUCCAUGGCUUUGUACUCACACGCCAAUGUGUAUGCCAGCACAGCUAGAGUUUCUGGUGCUAGAAGUGGUGGCUUUGGGCGAGCUCAAUAUAUUGAUGCUUCCAUGAUGUUACCCUUUCCACCCGCCCAAUUUUUGGUACCAACUUGCAGGAAGCUAUUAGAAGAGAAGAAUACCGGUGGAGGCACAAGGCACGUGUCCAUUCUGCUGCCCAUCAAGCUUCUCAAAGUUAUGUAUCUGGCCUAUGAAUAUAGUGAUAUAUAG